AUGGAUGUUACUAUGCACGGGAGGUUUCUUUUUGGCAGCAAAGGAUCCAGCGAAGAGGAGAAGGAUGAACGGACUGGAUACUGGCCGUUUCCCCAAGCGCCGUCAUCUUUUUAUAUUCCCGCCGUCUCCCACAUCAACCCUCCCUCAAGAAGAAAGACCUGGUUUCAUCCCGGUGUGAAAGAAGCCGUCACAUCACACUCGCUAGACAAGGGUUCCACCCCUUGCCUGGAACUCUAUCUCACUUUCAAUACGAUACGGAUGUGCAUACGAUGAUGUACCAAGGGCUGCAUCUUCAUACGAAUUCCUAAAAAAAGAUAUAUAUCCUCAACCCC